GAGGACAAAAAAUAAAAAGACUGCUGCAAAGCUGAUCUGAAAAGCAAAGCAAACAAACUUUGAAAAUAAAGGGGGAACAGGAAGUUUGGCAACGGUGUCCAAUAGAUAUGGCAAUGGUAGUCGGUGCGUGGCGAGACCCCCAGGACGAUGUGCCCGGAGCUCAGGGAACGCAGCCUUCGCAAGCCCCGCCGGUGCAGGGACCCCCGGCCGGGGCCCCGCACACCCCACAGACCCCGGGGCCCGGGGGCCCUCCCAGUACGCCAGCCCAGACCAACCCGCCGAGCCAGCAGAACCAAGGAGACAAGCAGCAGCAGCAGCAGCACAUUGAAUGUGUGGUUUGUGGGGACAAGUCUAGUGGCAAACAUUAUGGCCAGUUUACCUGCGAGGGUUGCAAGAGUUUCUUCAAGCGGAGUGUAAGGAGGAAUCUCAGCUACACUUGUCGUGCCAACAGGAACUGUCCCAUUGACCAGCACCACCGCAAUCAGUGUCAGUACUGCCGCCUCAAAAAAUGCCUCAAAGUUGGCAUGAGACGGGAAGCGGUCCAGAGGGGCAGAAUGCCACCCACACAGCCAACUCAUGGUCAGUUCGCCUUGACAAAUGGGGACCCUCUCAACUGCCAUUCCUACCUAUCCGGAUAUAUCUCCCUUCUUCUGAGAGCAGAGCCCUACCCCACCUCCCGCUUUGGCAGUCAGUGCAUGCAACCCAACAACAUCAUGGGCAUCGAGAACAUUUGUGAACUGGCAGCUAGGAUGCUCUUCAGCGCGGUGGAGUGGGCCAGGAAUAUCCCCUUCUUCCCAGACCUCCAGAUCACAGACCAGGUGGCCCUCCUGAGGCUGACCUGGAGCGAGUUAUUUGUCCUCAACGCUGCCCAGUGCUCCAUGCCCCUCCACGUAGCUCCGCUCCUGGCAGCUGCUGGCCUGCACGCUUCGCCAAUGUCUGCUGACCGAGUGGUCGCCUUUAUGGACCACAUACGAAUCUUCCAAGAGCAAGUAGAAAAACUGAAAGCAUUGCAUGUCGACUCUGCAGAAUAUAGCUGUUUAAAGGCCAUAGUCCUCUUCACCUCAGAUGCCUGUGGUCUCUCUGAUGUAGCCCAUGUUGAAAGUUUACAGGAGAAGUCACAGUGUGCUUUGGAAGAGUAUGUUAGGAGCCAGUAUCCCAACCAGCCAACACGAUUCGGGAAGCUAUUACUACGUCUCCCCUCCCUUCGCACUGUCUCCUCUUCUGUCAUAGAGCAAUUGUUUUUCGUCCGUUUGGUAGGUAAAACCCCCAUAGAAACCCUAAUCAGGGAUAUGUUACUGUCUGGCAGCAGUUUUAACUGGCCUUACAUGUCCAUUCAAUAAAACAUUCGAGAGAGAGAGAAAAAAAAAAAAAAAGACAAAAAUUAAAAAAAAAAAAUUCGAAAUUGAGAAGGGAGAUGAGAGUGAAAGGAAAGCAAAUGACAUUUGGGUUCUGGUUGUUUCUUAAAUUUCCUUCUGCUAAGAAAGGAUGUAAAAGGAUGUUACAAGUUUGCUAAGAGAAGACAGGAAAAAAAUAAUGGACUGUGAAUUUAAAAAAAGAGACUGUCAAAUGAACUUUUACAGAAUGCAUUAAAAACUCCCGUGUCGUUCAGAAAAAAACUUGCUACUUAUCAUUUUUUUUGUAAAAAAAUAAAAAAGAGGGAAAGAAAAAAAGAAAGAAGAAGAAAAGAAAUGAUGGUGGGCUUUUUCUUUUUUUCUUUUUUCUUCUUUUUUUUUUCUUUUUUUUUGGGGUAAACUUUUUAAAAAAUCUCGCUUAAAGUGCAUUUAAAGGAAAUUUGGAGUAAAUUAGCAGAACGGAAGAAAGUAAGUCUUUUUUUUCCAAAUUAUUAAUUGUCCUAUGUGUCUAUGUACCUAUAGCUGUUCUUUUUUGUAUUUUUCUGGUUUCAAACCAGUUUAUUCUGUGGUUCUAUAAUAAUUUUUGAUAUAACCUUGGCUUCUUUAAAAAAAAAAUAAACUGUGUAUCCUUAAAAUAUAUGUUCUGAAAGAAUUAAAACUGAGUCCACGAAAGUAUCAUAGGAAGAAAGGAAAAGAGAAAAAAAAAAAACCCCUCAACAACACAAUGAUGGAAGCGCACUUAAGGUGGUGACCCAAAAUCUAGCUUGAAGCUGAGAGAGCUAUAAUUAUAUAGACCCGAAUGAACCACACGUGUCAUAUAACUCCCCCCAAAUCUAGGUUUUUUGAUAUUUCGGACAGAAAAUGAACUGUGGGGAUUUAUUAUAGGUAGAAGGAUUUUGUGUCCAAGACACACUACGGUUUUGAUUUAAAAAAAAAAAAAACAAAAAAACAAGCAAACGAGCAAAGUGAACUUUUGUAAUUUGAAUUGGGUUCCACAUAGUUCAUCAUGAAUUGUUAUUAAACUCCUCUAUCUGUUUGUAUAUUUGCAAGCCCUUUGUAUUAUAAUAAUUGUUGAUAUUUUCCCUUUUUAAAAAAUACCAUUGAAAUCAGCAUGACAAAAUAACACUGUUGGCACUUAUAGAUAACGUGAUUGAUUCAGUAUCUUAGAGUUUACAGUUUUGUGUUUAAAAAAACUGAAGGUUUUUUUUUUUUAAGUGCAACAUUUCUGUAUACUGUAAAAGUUAUAAUAACUGAACUGUUUGGUCGAGUCUUUGUGUGUUAUAUUCCAAGGAAAAUUGAAAGUAUUCAGAAAUUAAAAUAUUAUUUGAUAUCUGAAA